AUGGACUCACAUUACUCACUUAUUCGACUCUUUCUUGUCUCCUUCUGUUUCCUUUGCUUCUUCACCGGUGAUUCAUCGGCGACAAGAGCUGGUGUCUUCUACACCAGACACAGAGGACGAUGCACGCCGCAGUAUUGGAGCAGCAGGAGGGAAGGAUGGCCAAGAAUGGUGCCUGAGGGAUCAACGGUGGAGAAAAUGUUCGGAGUGAUGGUGGCGAAAGAGCGUUGGAGAUCUGAUCUGACGCUGGUGGAAUCAACGGCUAGGAAUGACGAGGAAGGGAAUGCGUACGGUUCGUUGCUGAAGCAAGGGAUCGCUGCUCUGCUCAACUCUUAUGCGAGAAGAAGCUUUUCUUAUGCUCCUUGGGAGGUGAAGACUAUGCUCAUUCAGGCCAUGAUUUCUGAGCCGGCUGCUCGCCGGCAAGCACAAAAGUUCAAAGCCGCUAACGUGGCUUGUGACUAA